UACGACCUCAGGUGAAAAACACGUGCAUCAAACAACUAAAGAAACACGGACCAAAUCAUUGAGCUGUGGCCUAAAAUAUCCUCACUUUGAACCUGUACUCACGGAUCUAAAGCUACCUCAAUAAUGUCCGAAAAUGCGUGUCGGAGAAGGUUGUUAUUUUCAGUUGUAGCCUUUGCAUUAGUCUGCAUCGCAGUGAGUACGGCUAUUCUGGGGGUCGUGUUUUCUUUGUUUACAUCUUCUGCAGACUGUGUUUCCUGCCGUUCGUACUUUAGGCUUCCAGGGAUUGUGGCUGCAGUAGUGUUUGCUGCUGGACUUCUGAUAUUAUUACUAAGACCAGUGAUGUUGUGUUACAAACGAAGACGUAUCAACACAACUCCUCAAGUCGUCGUCUCUUUGAUUCCCGCAGAAGAUUUGGAAAAAUCCGCCGCUCCUAUUCUUCCUUUUGUUCACGUUCCUCAUCGUCUACCGUUUAUUGAAACUUCUUCGACUGAUUCAUUGCCUGAUUAUUUUACUGUUGUUCAAAAUCCCGAUGAAGUUUAUUUAUCUGUGGACGCGGACGAUUGGACAGAAAAUGUUCCCGAAACUCCGCCACCAAGUUACGAGGAAGCGCUUGAAAUGUCAACAUCUGCAGCAUAAUUCCAAAUCACAGGAAAUUACCCAAGACAUUAUAAUAUGUAAGAAUUAUUUAUCAUAUAAGUUUUGAUAUAAAACUGUUGGUGAAAACCUGAGAAGUCGCAGUAUGUCUUUGUACUUUCCAUGCGAAAAAGAGACGAACUGCCUGGAUGAGAAGGUGAGACGGAAAUGUUUCUCUUAUAGACUCUACAAAAACAAAAGCACUGGGAAGGUUGUUUUCAUCAUUUGUAUGUGUAAAAUUAUUUUUGGUUCGUAGGAAAACUGUAUUUAACAGAAACAAAAAAUUAAACGCAAUAAGUAACAAAUUCGAGCUGUCUUGCGGACUAGUACAUCUCUGAUUGGACACAUUUUUAAGUCUUUAUACAAUAGAAUAAAACAAUUUGAACGAGUUCUAUUCCGUGCAUUUGCUCUGUAAAAGUGAAAAGUUCCCGUUUUCACUGAAAAACGGAAGUAGUGGACUUAAUUAAGAGCGAGUAGCAUAUAGGCCUG